AUGCUCCGGAAGCCCGAAAAAGCUGAGCGGAGUGUUCUGAUGAAUUAUGUUUCGAAGAUGCAACCGGUGGCCCUGUGGUCCUGUCUGAAGGACCGGCAUUUUGUCGUUGCAGCAAGCGUGGGCCACAUUGAUCUUGCGGGCACUGAAGUCCUCAAGCCCAGAGUACCUGUACACCUUCUAAACACUUUCAUUGGAAGCCAGAAGAUGAACUUCGUUCUAGCCGCCCAGGAACCGUUUAAUAUUUUGAACGCCGUGGUGACUCAAAACAUUAGCUAUGCUGGUGGAAAUAGUACCCAUUUUCAUCUCAGAUGGUUAGAUGGCACUUUUGUAUCGCAGUCUGUCGAGGAUAUGAGGGCCGGUAGUAAAGAGAUCUUCACCAUAUGUGCUGUUGACGGCGACAAAAUCGAGAUGAGAUGGAACCCGUUAGUCCAAUCAUGA